AUGUAUAAUAACCAGAAAACAUCAAGAAUCAUAAACCAGGUCUGUGAACCCUUUAUUACCACCAAGAAGUGCUGCCUGAGGACCCCUGACACCCCUACACCAUGGGAAAUCCCCAAUGUAGCGAAUAAUGCAGUGGAAAGAGCUCGCACUAAGUUUUCCUAUAUGCCUCGAACGAGCUGGAGUAAUGGGGAUGGGAAGCAUCGCUGUGUUGGUUCUCAGGAGAAGGAUUUGGAGUCAGCGAUCCAGCCUCAACAGAGGUAUACAGACAAGAGACUCGGAGAGCUUGGCAGAGAGCUUGAAUGGCAGCUGGAUGUACUAGGACUCCCAACAAAGGAGGAAUGGCAUGAAGGAGGUACUAUUUUCACGGUGGGUAACUUCAUGAUUGCACCCUGGCACAUACCUAAACUGGUAACUGUAUCAUGCUCGGAGAAAGUAAACUUAGGAACCCAGCACAUACCAAAACUGGUAACUACAUCCCUCGGAGAAACUAUUUGGUAUGACAUGCAUGCUCUGCCAUACCACCCUUUCACAACCCACGAGUCACCGGCAGCUACCCUGUCAUCUCCCACUGGAAGUCCUGACUUGAAUACUCAGGCUGAUGCUCCAAGUCAACCCUCCAUGGUACUUGACCCCACUAGUAGUACUGAUGUGUUGUGGCAUAAACCACCAUCUGCAUCAGCAACUGUCAUGAUUCCUACUAACCUGGGGGAGAUCUCUCCCAGUCUCACACCUGACUUGGACUCUAAUAUUGUGGAGGUACUAGCUGUGCUCGUGCAGCUUCGAAAGUAUCAAGAAUUGUGUUCGGACAAGAUAUUGAAAAAUCAAAGGCCUGUCUGA